ACCGUUGUGUCAACGUCAUCCACCAUUUCGCACAGUCCGGUCGAAAGAGUUGGCCACGUCUCGUUCUCGGAUAGUUAAAGCUGCUGGUGCAGUUCUAGGUACAAAACCGGCUGGGUGUGGAUAGUUAAGUGCUCAAAAUAAUUUAAGGGAGUUUUCCGGGCCAUCUUAGCUACGGGAAUAUGUUUUCCGUGAAAGUGUUCUGCCUGCUGGCUGUUUGCGGCCUAGCACUAGCCGGCGAAGCCGACGUGCUGCAGCUGACCGAUAGCGACUUUUCCACCCGAGUCGGCGAAACAGAAACUACCCUGGUCAUGUUCUAUGCCCCCUGGUGCGGCCACUGCAAGAAGCUGAAGCCGGAAUACGCCAAGGCAGCCGAGCUGCUCCGCGGUGAAGAUCCUCCGAUUGCCCUGGCCAAGGUCGAUUGUACCGAAGAGGGUAAGGAAACCUGUAACAAGUUCUCCGUUUCCGGCUACCCGACGCUGAAGAUCUUCAAGAAUGGUGAAGUCUCGCAGGAGUACAAUGGCCCUCGGGACGCCAACGGCAUUGCCAAGUACAUGAAAUCGAUUGUGGGACCCGCCUCGAAGGAUCUGCUGACCCUGGCCGCGUUCGAAGAUUUCCUGAAGAAGCAGGAAACGUCGAUCGUUGGUUUCUUCCAAAAGGAAUCGGAUUUGAAGGGUGUCUUCCUGAAGUACGCCGACAGCCAGCGCGAACGAUUGCGGUUUGGUCACUCUAGCGCCAAGGACGUGUUGGAGAAGCAGGGUGAAACCGAUGCCAUUUUCCUGUUCCGUGCGAAACAAUUUGCUAACAAAUUCGAGCCAGACUUCGUCAAGUUUGAGGGCAAAACCAAGGAUGAUCUGACCACUUUCGUCAAGGAGAAUUUCCACGGUCUAGCCGGUGUUCGCAGCCGUGAAAGCAUCAAUGACUUUAAGAAUCCGCUCGUUGUUGUGUACUAUGCGGUCGAUUACGUUAAGAACCCGAAGGGAACCAACUACUGGCGCAACCGAGUUCUCAAGGUGGCCAAGGAAUUUGUUGGUCGCGUUAACUUUGCCGUCAGCGCCAAGGAUGACUUCCAGCAUGAACUGAACGAGUAUGGUUACGAUUACGUCGGCGACAAGCCUUUGGUUCUGGCUCGGGAUGCCAAAAACCAGAAGUUCAUCAUGAAGGAGGAAUUCUCAGUUGAAAACCUACAAGCUUUCGCUGGAGAACUGGAGGAAGGAUCUCUGGAACCGUACGUGAAAUCUGAACCGAUCCCGGAAAGCAAUGACGCCCCUGUGAAGGUAGCUGUCGGUAAGAACUUUGAAGAUGUGGUCAUGAACAACGGCGUUGAUACUUUGAUCGAAUUCUACGCCCCGUGGUGCGGUCACUGCAAGAAGUUGGCCCCGGCCUACGAUGAAGUAGCUGAAAAACUUAAGGACGAAGACGUGUCAAUCGUUAAGAUGGAUGCCACCGCCAACGAUGUCCCACCGACAUUUGAUGUGCGUGGAUUCCCUACCCUGUACUGGUUGCCCAAGGACUCGAAGAGCAGCCCGAAACGCUACGAAGGUGGCCGGGAGGCAGAUGAUUUCCUGAAAUACAUUGCUCAGCAUGCAACCAACGAACUGAAGGGAUACGAUCGUAAGGGAAAUCCCAAGAAGGUCGAACUGUAAUCUCAAAAUAGCAACAACAGAUCAGGCCAGGUUUUCAUUCCGCCUUUUGAGAAAAUCCAAUCAGCUAUUUAAAAAAUGUAAAUUUCUCCUUGAAAGCAUCUGGUUUAAUGAAUUUCGUUAACUGUUUACCCUCUUUGUGUCUGAUCCUAAAUGACUGAUCAUUUAAGUUUCUUCCAUUAAGAAAAAAAAGAUUAAUUAUUCGCUUCAUUUUCUAUCUACAUGUUGUAACACGUAUGCGCAAAAACGUGAUAAAAAUUGCAUUUAUACACUAUUCCAACUUUGAAAAGCUAAUCAAACAUAUUCGUAUUCAGGUUGUAGAAGAAAAAAAGAUCAACAUUUGCCUCGGUGAGUGAAACAGUUGAUUUGUGUUUUCAGAUCGAAUUUCAAACAUUCUCCUUUACCUUAAUUAUCUUACGCAGCGAUACAUAGAUACAUAAUCGUAACGAGUUUGAUGAUGUGGAAUUAAUUCUUUAUGUGGAUUAAUUUGAUUUAUGUGAGAGAUCAUGAAAGUUGAUUAAAUAAAGGUCUUAUUUUUUAGAUUA